AUGAGGGCUCAAAUCCAAAAAGUUCCUCAGAUUGUUGAGUUCCUGAAAAAGAAGUCUGUCGGACUACAGCACUUCAAGCCCACAUCCUCAGUGUGCGUGCUGGAGGAGAAGGAUGCUGUGGAGGCUGUGCGCUGCCCUCACGCUGCCUCCAGGGCGCACAGCCUGGACGCGAUCCCGGGACCUACCAAGUGGCCGUUCGUCGGCAGCAUGUUCGAACUGCAUCGGAAAGGAGGUCUGAACAGGCAACACGAGGCACUGGUUGAUUAUCAUAAGCAAUAUGGGAAGAUUUUCCGGAUGAAGCUGGGCUUUUUUGAUUCGGUGAACAUCAGCUCACCUUGCCUGCUGGAGUCGCUUUACAGGAAGGAGGGCAAGUACCCGCAGAGACUGGAGAUCAAACCGUGGACAGCAUACAGAGAUCUGAGAGACGAGGCGUACGGACUGCUCCUUCUGGAGGGGAAAGACUGGCAGAGGGUCAGGAGCGUUUUCCAGCAGAAACUCAUGAAACCCACAGAGGUAGUGAAGCUUGACCGCAAAAUAAAUGAGGUGUUGAUGGACUUCAUGGGGAGAAUUGGAAAAAUAAACGUCAAUGGAAGGAUUAAAGACCUUUACUUCGAGCUAAACAAAUGGUCGUUUGAGACCAUCUGCCUCGUCCUCUACGACAACAGAUUUGGUCUCUUGAAGAAGGAAGUCAACGAGGAGGCUAUGAACUUCAUCACCGCCGUGAAAACAAUGAUGAGCACGUUUGGCAUGAUGAUGGUCACACCGGUGAAGCUCCACAAGAGCCUCAACACCAAAAGAUGGCAGGUCCACACCAAAGCAUGGGACCGCAUCUUCAGCACAGCCAAAGUCUACAUCGACAGGAGGCUGAAGAACAACUCCGCCAGAGCUCCUGAGGACCUGAUCGGCGACAUCUUACACCAAAGCAAUCUCUCUAAGAAGGAGCUGUACGCCGCCAUCACAGAGCUGCAGAUCGGAGGAGUGGAGACGACUGCCAACGCUAUGCUGUGGGCUAUUUUCAACCUGUCACGUAACCCAGGUGCCCAGAGGAAGUUGUUCGAGGAGAUCAGAGAGGUGGUGGCUCCCGACCAGGACCCGUGUGGCGAGCACAUCAAGAACAUGCCAUACCUCAAGGCCUGCCUCAAAGAGUCCAUGAGGUUAUCACCAUCAGUCCCAUUCACCAGCAGGACUAUGGACAAAGACACUGUGUUGGGAGAUUAUGCUAUUCCCAAAGGGACAAUUGUAAUGAUAAACAGCCACGCAAUGGGCACAAACGAGGAAUACUUUGAGGAAGGGAAGCGGUUCAAACCUGAGCGCUGGCUGCGGGAGAACAACAACAUCCACCCCUUCGCCCACAUCCCCUUCGGCAUCGGGAAGAGGAUGUGCAUCGGCAGGCGGCUCGCAGAGCUGCAGCUACAGCUGGCCAUGUGCUGGUUGGUCAAAGAAUAUGAGAUUGUGGCAACAGAUAAUGAGCCACUCAACGUGAUCCACUCAGGAGUUUUGGUUCCCGAAAGAGAACUUCCUGUUGCCUUCAUCAAGAGAUAAUGCUCCAUAUUCAACUCGUGUGGACGUAGUGACAGGAAAAUGAUACCUCUGUUGCCAUGGCACUGAUGAUCCAGUGACUCCCUGUAUAGAUGAGAGUAACAAAUGCGUCACUUCCGGGCAAAAAUAACGGCUCCGCCCACUUUUGGG